CUCCCCACCCCCCAAAUGGGUUCAUGACUCUUUAUCUCUCUACCUUCCUUUACUCGAGACCAGACAGUGUUGAAAAAUUAAAAGAGUAGACGGAAGAGAAAGCGAGAAGAGCUUAAUUUUUUAUUUGGGCUUGGACAAGAGGCAGUCGAUCGAGUAUUAGCCACUCAUAACCUUCUGCUUCUCGAAUCCAAGCCGUUGCCCGUUUGUCUUCGGUCUUUAUCAUCCUUGGUACGACAUCGAGGCUCUGGUGGGUGUUCUUCGCCUACGAGCUCAACUCCUGUUAUCUUGCUUCUAGGUCUCUCAAAUCCGAUUUUUGCCUCUUCUGCUUUGCCUACCGAAAAUGGUUUCUCCGAUGUAGCAACAUUAUUUCUAUCCUAGUAUAUAGCGCUUUCUGUUCUGAUGUGAUAAUUACAGAGAAGAUUCAAAUUCCAGCCAGUUGAUUAAUGAUUGUUUGGAAAAUACGCAUCUAUCUCAUUCGUUCUGUGUCAGCAAUCGAGUUUGGCGCCUGCUUGAGAGAGAGGAAGCUCUCUGUCGACGCCACCUCUGCAGCUGGCCUUGAAAACUGCUGGCUCUCUCCUUCCUUCUAUGUCUCCUAACUUGGAUAGCCCUGUUCGUACCCAGAUGGCAGUAGCAGUAUUAAACAGUCCCAUCAGCGGGGAAUACCAUAGGAGCAAGAUAUUGGAGGGAAAAUCAUCUGGGAGGAGGCGAGUCUUUGUCCAAACUGAUACUGGUUGUGUUUUGGGGCUGGAGUUGGAUCGAAGUGACAAUGUUCAUACUGUAAAAAGAAGGUUGCAGAUUGCCCUUAAUGUUCCAACAGAGGAGAGCUCGUUGACAUUUGGGGAUCUGGUUCUGAAGAAUGAUCUUAGUGCUGUCCGGAAUGAUUCACCUCUUUUAUUGACAAGGAACCUCCUGCAAAGAAGCUCAUCGACUCCAUGCCUCUCACCAACUGGGAAGGAUCUCCAGCAGAAGGAUCCAAGUGCUCUGAUUGAGAUAUUGGGGCGCUCGAGCAGAUUUUCUAGACCAAAACAACUGGUGAAGGACAUUGUAAAGGCAAUAAAGAAAGGUGUUGAUCCAAUUCCUGUGCAUAGUGGUCUUGGAGGUGCUUACUAUUUUAGAAACAGUCAAGGAGAGAGUGUUGCAAUUGUAAAGCCAACAGAUGAAGAACCUUUUGCGCCAAACAACCCAAAGGGCUUUGUUGGUAAGGCCCUUGGGCAGCCUGGCUUAAAACGUUCUGUGCGGGUUGGGGAGACAGGGUUCCGGGAAGUUGCAGCUUACCUUCUUGACUAUGAUCAUUUUGCCAAUGUGCCCCCGACUGCCCUUGUGAAGAUUACACACACAAUUUUCAAUGUCAAUGAUGGUGUAAAUGGAAGCAAGCCUCAUGAUAGAAAACAAGUUAGCAAAAUUGCAUCUUUCCAGCAGUUUAUUCCUCAUGACUUUGAUGCCAGCGAUCAUGGGACAUCAAGCUUCCCUGUUGCUGCUGUGCAUAGGAUAGGGAUUUUAGAUAUUAGAAUCUUCAAUACAGACAGACAUGCUGGAAAUCUUCUUGUGAGGAAGCUUGAUGGGGUUGGGAGAUUUGGUCAGGUAGAGCUCAUUCCCAUUGAUCAUGGACUUUGCCUGCCAGAGAGCCUUGAGGACCCAUACUUUGAGUGGAUUCAUUGGCCUCAAGCUUCAAUUCCUUUCUCCGAGGAUGAACUUGAGUAUAUAAAACAGCUUGAUCCAGUUAAGGAUUCUGACAUGCUGCGGAUGGAGCUACCCAUGAUACGGGAGGCAUGCCUUAGGGUUUUGGUUCUCUGCACUGUUUUCCUCAAGGAAGCAGCAGCUUAUGGUCUCUGUCUUUCUGAGAUUGGGGAAAUGAUGAGCAGAGAGUUUCGGAGCCGUGAAGAGGAGCCAAGCGAGCUUGAGCUUGUGUGCAUUGAGGCAAGGAGGUUGAUAGCAGUAGAGAAGGAAGUUUCCUCUCAUUCUGAAGCAGGAGAUGAAGAGGAUAUCCAGUUUGAUAUAGAUUGCGAUGUAGCAGAGGUGGACUCCACGCCCAAAGUGGCAUAUGAUUUCAUGACUAAAAUGCCAUUUCAUGUUGGGUUCAGAGGUGGGAAUGGCCGAAACCUACUAUCCAAAGUAGAGGAGUGCAUCGAGGAGGAAGAGAGUGAGGGGGAAGAGGAGCCAGUGAGGAGGAAGGAAUUUGCAACCCCGCUGGCUCUGAAUCGGCCUCCUACCAUCUCUAAGCUGUCCAUGUCACUGAAAAACAUUGGUCUAGGUGAGAAGAAUCCUUUCUACCGAAAUGCAAAGCCCGAAGGCACUUCAGCAAACAGGAGUGCAAAUGAGCAGCUGCCUGCAAGUGUAAGUUUUGUGAAGCUGGCCGACAUGAAUGAUGAGGAGUGGACACUAUUUCUUGAGAAGUUCCAGGAGCUGCUGCACCCAGCAUUUGCAAGCCGGAGAUCAGUGAGCCUUGGGCAGAGGCUUGGGACGUCGUGCCAGUUUUGAGGCAGUUGUGUGUCUGUGAAUGUAGAAAAGAGAGACGGGAGAAGAAUAAGAGUUGGAAGUUGUGGAGGCAAGUGUCUGUAGGUAGGGUCUGAUUUUUAGUUUUUUCCUCCCGGAAGAAAGUAUUGUAUUUGGGAGUGUCGGUAGUGGCAGAUGGAGGAGGAACAGUUGUAAAUAUUGUUAGAACCCGGACGAUGAAAAUCAUCAAUUGUCGUCAGCUUUGAGUGAAGCAGCAAGGAUGAUUUCUCCUUGUUCCUUUUUUUUUUGUAAAGUUUUAUAUUCUCUUUUCUUUCAUUUCUUGUUCGCUGUUAGCAGAUGAAUGAAUUCCCCCUCACAGCGUGCCCCAUGUACAUUUCUCAACAUGCAUUGAGAACAUCUCCCAUACUUGUCUCUGUGGGAUGCGCUUUGUGAAAAUCCCCAUCUGAAUGAGAGAGAGAGGACACACAACCCUAAAUCAGUUAGUGUUUGGAGUGGCAUCAGUUUUAGGCUCUCUCUCUCUCUCUCUCUUCACGGAGUCAUUGUUUGUAAUGUGACUUUAGGGACUUGAUUGUUAGAUGAAUUGUGGGAUGCUUUUGGUUUAUUGAAGUUUGAAAUUAUCCAACAUGGUCAGAAUUCCCUA